AUGCAGGGAGCUCACCAGCAGGGGGCGCCCCUUGUGUCUCUGCAGGAGGACGAAGUCCCGCCCCAAGCCGGGCCGGGGAUAACCUCGACCCUGGUGCUGUCGGUCUUCACGGCCGUGCUGGGGUCCCUGCAGUGCGGGUACAACAUCGGUGUGAUCAAUGCCCCCCAAAAGAUCAUCGAGCAGAACUAUAACGCCACCUGGCUGGCGCGGCACAACGCGUCCAUCGACCUCGCCACGCUCACCACCCUCUGGUCCCUGUCGGUCGCCAUCUUCUCCAUCGGGGGCAUGAUCUCCUCCUUCCUGGUGGGGGUCGUCUCCGAGUGGCUGGGCAGGAAGCGGGCCAUGAUUAUCAAUAAUGCCCUGGCCUUCCUGGGAGGGGCCCUCAUGGGGCUGGCCAAGCUGGGCUGCUCCUACGAGAUGAUGAUCCUCGGCCGGUUCCUGAUUGGUGCCUACUCAGGGCUGGUUUCUGGCUUGGUCCCCAUGUACGUGGGUGAAAUUUCCCCCACCCACCUGCGGGGGGCGCUGGGGACCCUGCACCAGCUGGCCCUCGUCAUCGGGAUCCUCAUUGCCCAGGUGUUUGGGCUGGACUCCCUCCUCGGCACCCCCGAGCUCUGGCCCCUGCUCCUGGGUCUGACCGUGGCCCCCUCGGCCCUUCAGCUGGUCAUGUUCCCCUUCUGCCCCGAGAGCCCCCGGUACCUCUACAUCAUCCGCAACAAGGAGUCCAAGGCCAAAGAGA